AUGAUUAAGUCUGGCAUUGAAGCUCAGAUCAAUGCCGUGAAGGAGUAUGCUUCAUUCUUUGAUGAUACAUUGGUCGAUUCAAACGUGCCAUUGUCCUGUAUCAUCUACGAUCCUUAUGCCUACUUCUUAUGUACUACACCCGAGGCCAAAGAACUGGUUGUCAACUCUGUCAAGGCAUUGAACAACGCGCUGCCCACACUAUUCGAGCAUCCAAUCGUCAGGAACAAGUUACAAGCCACGGGAUUGAGUCAUGUCACCUCUGCCGAUGAUCUCAUCAAAGUGUUUGAGACAAGCUCACCAUCCUAUCCCUGGAACUUCAUGGCCUGCUACUUCACAGGUACACCUUCAACUGCGGACAAGAUAUUCUUGAGAACAAAGUACAUUGAUGAUGUUGUAAUGGAGAAUCAGAAGACGAUCAAACAGAUUGUUGUGAUUGGAGCUGGAAUGGACAUGCGUGCACUGAGACUGGAAUUUGAUCAGGAAAUAACAGUGUUCGAGGUGGACACUCCACAGGUCAUCGAGUACAAGACCAACAUGCUCACCAAGACCAUUUCCAAACACAUCACUCCUCGCUCCAAAGCCAAGAACUGCCACGUGUCGGCUGAUCUCCGCUUCGCCGAGCAGUGGACCAAGCAGUUGGUGGCCAGCGGCUACGAUCCAACCAAGCCAUCCUUCUGGCUCGCCGAGGGUCUGCUCAUGUAUCUCAGCGAGGAUGAGAUCGAUGUCCUGCUCAAGACAGUCAGCUCAAUGAGCGCGCCUGGAUCCAAGAUCUUGAUCCAGACUGUCGAGCCUAUCCCGCCCGCGACCACACCAGAGAUGAAGAUGCUCUACAUGAUGAGUGCACCAAUUGGCGAGUUCCGCUCAUUCACUACCACGCCCAACCUAUACCUAGAUCGUGCAGGAUUUGGAAGCGACAUUGUCCUGAAGAACUACCUUCACUUGGUUGAGCUCUAUGGCGCCCCAAAGCAGAAUGGCACCAGCUCAGCAUUCACCAUCGGUACCAAACCAUCGUUGUAA